GGCAGCAGGUGAAGUUGACGGAAGAGCAGCAGUUGAGUGUGCGGACUUUAAUGGAUCAGGGAGAAAUAUUUAUUUACCAGCGGAUCUAUCAGCGCUAACAUUCAGGAUUAACGGGUUAUCGGGCGAGUCACGGAGUCACCAUGCCGUUAUUUACUCAAAAUCCCUUUGACCAGGACGUCGAAAAAGUAACCAAUGAACACAACACGACGGAAGACUGGGGCCUCAUUAUGGAUAUUUGUGACCGGGUUGGGACAACACAGAAUGGGGCAAAGGAUUGUCUAAGGUCAAUUGUAAAGCGAGCCAACCAUAAGGUCCCUCAUGUUGCCAUGCAGGCUUUAACAUUACUAGGUGCUUGUGUCGCAAACAGUGGAAAAAUCUUCCAUCUAGAAAUCUGUUCCAGAGAGUUUGCCAGCGAAGUACGAAGCUUGCUAAACAAAGCCCACCCAAAAGUGAUCGAGAAACUCAAAGGCCUCUUGGUGGAGUGGGCUGACGAGUUCCAGAAAGAUCCACAGCUGAGCCUUAUUGGUGCCACCAUCAAAUCUCUGAAGGAGGAGGGGGUGACCUUCCCGUCUUCAGGCACUCAGAGCUCCAGCAGCAAAUCCAGCAGUGCCCCUGCUACCACUCGAGCAUCUGAUGAAGACGACCUUGCCAAAGCCAUUGAGCUGUCCUUACAGGAGCAGAAACAGCAAGCUGAGACUCGGCCGAUCUUUGUGACAAAUGAUCCACCCUACAACACAAAUAGCGUUAAAGAGUCACGCAAAGUGCGCGCCCUCUAUGACUUUGAGGCAGCUGAGGACAAUGAACUGACCUUUAAGGCUGGAGAGGUUGUGCUAGUACUGGAUGACAGUGAUCCAAAUUGGUGGAAAGGAGAAAACCACAGAGGGGUUGGGCUUUUUCCAUCAAACUUUGUCACAACCAACCUAAAUGCAGAACCAGAACCAGAUUCAUAUGCUGAGAAGACAGCGGUUCCUGAGGCUGAGCCUGUAGUGGAAGUCAAAGCAGAGCCUGAACCAGUGCAUAUAGAUGAGGAGAAGAUGGACAAAACAUUGUAUAUACUCCAGAACACAGACCCUGCUGAUUCUGCUCCUGACAGUGCUGAGCUGGUCACACUGGAGGGUGCAUGUGCGCAGAUGAAUCCUCUAAUUGAUGAAAAGCUAGAGGAGAUUGACAGGAAACACUCAGAGCUUUCUGAGCUAAACGUGAAGGUGCUGGAGGCUCUGGAGCUCUAUAACCAGCUGAUGAAUGAGGCUCCGCUGUACUAUACAAAGAUGCAGACCCUCCAGGGCACUUAUCCAGCAGCCCCCCCUGCUGUGGCUAUGCAGGGCUAUCCAGGCCAGCCAUCAGGGUCCUACAUGCCUGCUGGUGUUCCUCAGGGCUACAGUCUGGGGUCAGACCAAGCUGCGCCUCUCAGCUCCAUGCCACCCACAGUCAACUCUACAAUCGCUAAUCAGCCGGUACAGUCUCCCUACAUAAGCAGUGCUAUGAGUGCCCCAUAUAUGAACCAAGUCCCUGGCUCUUAUCCGCCACAGAUGGGUGUGGCUAUGGACAUGUCUGCCUAUCAAAACGCUAAUCCUGGUAUGCCACCGACCUCCUAUUCAGUGGCUGCACCCCCAUCAACCCAGCACCAGCAGGCUGCCUACUACCAGCAACCCCUCCUGUGAAGCUGCGCAAGCAACAAUCUGCAACUGUGCAUAUCCCUGCCAACACAGAAUCAAAACAGAGAGAUUAGGCUGAAUGUGUUUCUUUUUCCUGAUUUAUUGCAAGGUUAUACUGAGGUAGCUGGUAGAAUUUUGGCUCAGCAGUGACUCACUACAGGAAUUAUAUGAUGUUGUCCAUUUAAGGAUUGCAAGUAGUCUGGCUCAAGAUAGAUGCUGUUGUUGUUUUUGUUGUCCAUAAAAAUAAGAUAUUCCUUUUUCCUUUCUCUUCAGUUUUGUCUGCAUAUUUCCAUAUUUAAUUGUAAAUGUUUAUCCUCAUAUUUUUGUACUUUUUCUUCCUUUCUUUUCCUUUCAAAUUAUCCCAUAUUCCAGCAUAUUCACCUAUUCACCAGCACAUUCUCUUUACAGCUGAAGACCAUGAAGAAUUUCUGGCCGCAAGUUAAGAAUUUAAACCAGCCUAAAAAUAAGGCAUAAUUUCUCUUUUUUUUUCUUGUUUCUUUUUUUGCUGUAAUGUCAAAUGACAAAUCUCUUGGCAGGCUGGGAGCUUGAUUGCUUUAGCCUUCACAUCUUGCUGCCUUCCAGAAGGUAAUUGAUGUUGUACAAAGACACAAACACAAAAAAUAAUGAAGGUUUUUCACUUCACUUCAUUUCACUCCAAAAAUGCUGAAAUAAUCGUGACAUGACAUUUUGCAUUUCGAGUAAUAUUCAGGUUUACUUGUAGGAGCCAGAAUGACAGUUCAAUUCCCAUUGUGUUGGAAUCAGGCUGCUGUCAUGUGGUCCUCAGUUUGUGUAUGUGUGUGUAUGUGUGUGUAUGUGUGUGUAUGUGUGUGUAUGUGUGUGUAUGUGUGUGUGUAUGUGUGUGUGUAUGUGUGUGUGUAUGUGUGUGUAUGUGUGUGUGUAUGUGUGUGUGUGUGUAUUUGUGUGUGUGUGUGUGUGUGUGUAUGUGAGUGUGUGAGGAUGGAUGAAGAAGUGACAGCGCUCUAUAAGCAGCAGUUCAGGGCCACUGCAGUAGAAUGUAGGAGCUACAGGCUCGUGUACUGUAUGCCACUUUCACAAGACCAGCUUCAAACUGAACAUGGACACAAAUGCAAUCCCUUUAUGGUUGAUCUUUAUGGGUUAAGUGUAAAAUUACCUUUCUUUUUUUUUUUUUUUUUAAUAUGCAAGUACUGCUUCUUGUGUUUGCUUUGUGGGUGUUCACUGUUGUUGGACUUUCUAAUUUAACCUCUGUAAAAAAUAUAUAUAUAUGAAUAUGUAAAGUUGCAAACAAAUCACUUUGAUGAUGAUGCUUUAACACAAAAUGACGAAUGCUGCCUCUUAUGGCUUUGUGUUUGUGUGUUAAUCUCUUGUUCCUUUUUGUUUUUCAUGUGUUGGAUGUGUUUUAUCUAAAAUAGAUUUGGGAGGACAGCCGUCACACCCUCUGACCAAACAGUCGUUGUUAAUUGAGAGCUAGAGAAUGCUUUGCUUUCUGUUGUUUAAAAAAAAGAAAACUAUUCCAUUUAAUAGACCCUAGAAGAACCUCAGCUUCUGAGAACCAUUUCUGAAAUGAAGCUCUUAAAAUAGGUAAGAGCUAGUGGAGCUAGAAUGAUGUAUAGUGUGACUUAGACGGAAGAAUCUUCACUUUAUUUUCUUAACCUGCCUCAACACAAGGAUAUUGUAUAUUAGAUGUAAAAUAUAUCUAGCGUUUCUGUAUUGCACCUUAACUUGAUAAACAUUUACCACCAGAUGCCUUGUUCUGUCGGACGAUGGAAGUAAAAUAAGAACGAAUUCUAGAUUAUAUUUCAGACGCUGCUGUAGAUCUGUAAACCUGUAUGUUUAAUGAGAGAUAGAGGGAAUGUUCCUUGGCAUGUAUAAUUUUAGCAGAUUCAAACGUUUUGUAACAUCAAGGUUGCCCUGCUUCCUGUGUUCUUGUUUAUAAGAUUACUUUUGUAACACAGUGAAUUCUAAUAUCUUUCAAAAAUAAAUUUGCCUUGUAUUUCA